GUUACAAUAAGAUAUAAUAUUAACCUUCACAUGUGAAGAGAGAAAAAGAGAAGUGAGAGAGUACAGAACAUAGGAUGUCUGAAAGAAAAAGCCUGGGGAGAGGGUGAGAGAAAAGGGGAGAGAACAGUGUAGGAAAUUGGAAGUCUGGAUUAGACAGAGUUCAGACUGAAAUUCUCUAGUGGCCGCAUGGUUUCAGAAUUUAAAUGGAUUUUGGAAAAAACACACCACAGCAGCCCGGAGGCCUAAAACAGCGUUUCGUCAGUGCCCUGCUGUACUGCACUGGAGAAAUGCAGCAAUUACAUACCCACAUGCAGGAUAAAUUCUUCCCGCUGCAGCUGGUUGAGUGGGUUUUGCGUGGGAUCUCAUGUGUGAUUCUACUAAACAACCCCCUGAGUGGAGCUCUGAUUUUGGCAGCGCUGCUGCUGGAGAGCCCCUGGCAGGCUCUGCUGGGCAUGCUUGGCCUUUUGGCCUCCACCUUCACAGCUAUAAUCCUGGGACAGGACCGUGAGGAGGUAUCCAGUGGCCUUCAUGGUUUUAAUGGGAUGCUGGUGGCUCUGCUAAUGGGAGUGUUCAGUUCGGCUGGAGACUGGUACUGGUGGCUUCUGCUGCCUGUGUGUCUCGGUGGAGCUGCAACGACUUUUCUUUCCAGCAGUUUGGCUCCAGUUCUGGAUCGCUGGGAUUUACCAGUGAGCGUCUUCCCCUUUAACACAGUCAUCCUGCUGUAUCUGGCCUGUACUGGCACUUCUAACCCCUAUUUUCCAAACCAUCCUGCCCAGCCACCAGGGGCGCCAGAAAACACCAACCACUCUCAACUCCAUGUUCCACAGCUCCUGCAGGGGGUGGUGUUGGGCGUAGGGCAGAUCUUUGCAUGUGGGACUGUAGGCCCGUCUCUGCUCAUCCUGGGUGCUGUUUUCCUCUUCUCACCCAUCCUGGCAGUCUAUGCCCUCCUGGGCUCUGGCAUUAGCACUAUGGCAGGUCUGUCUAUGUCAGUGCAGCACAGCUUUCUGUACUCUGGUCUCUCAGGGUUUAAUGGUGCUCUGGGUUGCAUGGUUGUAGGAGUGUUUUACAUACUAAACUGGAGAACACAUCUCUUAUCUAUUGCAAAUGCCUUGCUUUCAGCUUACACAGACAUCGCCUUGAGCAACCUGCUAGGAGUUUUGGGUCUCCCAGCAAGCAGUUGGGCUGCUACUCUGACAGGAACUCUGAUGCUGUUGCUGACAGGAAAAAACCUCAAAGAAUACAGAAUUCCUACUGGAAAAGUAGCCUCACCAGAACAGAACUUGCACUCACACAAGCAAUGGUCUGCGGCCAAUACGAAUGCCACUGAUGUAUAGUGUUUACAUAAAUACACAAAUAUCCAACUGUGACAGCACAUGACAUUUGUAAAGAAAUGACUUUUUUUCAGCAAGGGUGCAUUAAAUGGAUC